GGGCUUGUUUGGGGCGGCCGGCGAGAGUGGAGAGGUCACGUGGCAAUAUUGCACCCGGUGGCAGUGGCCACAUCUCAAGAGGAAGCAAGAAGCCACAUCGUUUCUUCCCCAGCUCUUUAAUAAUCCAUCGAUCCCUUCGCCCAGUGCCUGAGCUCUCCAAGCUCGGCUUCCUCUUCUCAUUCUUUCUCCCCUCCUUGGAUGAAGUAGUCCAAUUCUUUCUUUCCCCCUUCCCCACCGCCACCGCCACCAUGAGUUCCCUCCGAUUCCUCGACCUGGUCAAGCCGUUCGUGCCGUUCCUCCCUGAGGUUCAGCAGCCGGAGACCAAGAUCCCCUUUAACCAGAAGCUGAUGUGGACUGCCCUGACCCUCCUCAUCUUCCUGGUCAUGAGCCAGAUGCCCCUUUACGGCAUUGUCUCGUCCGACAACUCGGAUCCUCUAUACUGGCUGCGAAUGGUGAUUGCGAGCAACCGUGGAACCCUGAUGGAGUUGGGCAUCACCCCCAUCAUCUCCUCGGGCAUGGUCUUCCAGCUCCUCGCCGGUACCCACAUGAUCGAUGUCAACCUUGACCUCAAGUCCGACCGCGAGCUGUACCAGACCGCCCAGAAGCUCCUCGCUUUCAUCCUGUCCGCCGGCACCGCCACCGUCUACGUCUUCAGCGGCCUCUACGGCCCUCCCUCCGACCUCGGUGCCGGUAUCGUCUUCCUCCUGAUCCUCCAGCUGGUCAUUGCUGGCAUGAUUGUUAUCCUCCUUGACGAGCUCCUCCAGAAGGGCUACGGUCUCGGCAGCGGUAUCUCUCUGUUCAUUGCCACCAAUAUCUGCGAGUCCAUCAUGUGGAAGGCCUUCUCUCCCACCACCAUCAACACUGGCCGUGGCCCCGAGUUUGAGGGUGCCGUCAUCGCCCUCUUCCACCUCCUCAUGACCUGGCCCAACAAGCAACGUGCUCUUCAAGAGGCCUUCUACAGACAGAACCUGCCCAACGUCAUGAACCUCCUGGCCACCAUUGCCGUCUUCGCCGCCGUCAUCUACCUCCAGGGCUUCCGCGUCGAGAUCCCCGUCAAGUCUUCCCGCCAGCGUGGUGCCCGCGGUUCUUACCCCGUCCGCCUCUUCUACACCUCCAACAUGCCCAUCAUGCUGCAGUCCGCUCUUUCCUCCAACAUCUUCCUCAUCUCCCAGAUGCUCUACUCCCGCUUCUCUGAGAACCUCCUCGUCCGUCUCUUCGGUGUCUGGGAGGCCAAGGAUGGUUCCUCGCAGCUCCACGCCGUUUCCGGUCUUGUCUACUACAUGUCUCCUCCCCUGAACCUGAAGGAGGCUCUCCUCGAUCCUAUCCACAUGUCCGCCUACAUUGUCUACAUGCUCGGUGCCUGCGCUCUCUUCUCCAAGACCUGGAUUGAAGUGUCCGGUUCCAGCCCCCGCGACGUUGCCAAGCAGCUCAAGGACCAGGGUCUCGUCAUGGCUGGUCACCGCGACCAGAGCAUGUACAAGGAACUCAAGCGCAUCAUCCCCACUGCCGCUGCCUUUGGCGGUGCCUGCAUUGGUGCGCUCUCCGUCACCAGCGAUCUUCUCGGUGCCCUCGGCUCUGGUACCGGUACUCUCCUUGCUGUCACUAUCAUCUAUGGUUACUUCGAAAUCGCUGCCAAGGAGGGUGAUAUGUCCGGCAUGAAGGGCAUGAUCAUGGGCUAACCGCUGACGGUUACAAAAACCAAUGAAGAAGCCACGCCUAAUUGGCAUUGGUCAUUGGGGUCCCGACCGAGACGGACCAAUGUGUAUCAACAGACACCAGAAAGAAGACGAAAAGAGAAGAUAGUCAUACAAGGUUUUCUUUUUCCUUUGCAACCAAAAACAAUCAAGGGGAGUCUGGACGUAAAGUCAAUUUGGGUUGGAAAGGGCAUUUGGGCGGCGAUCUAGGACUGUCAAGAUUAUUAACCAAGUAUCGUGUCGAGCUGUCUUCGUGGGUUACCUAUAGUUUGAGGAGCAAGAGCUGCUAUGAUGGGAUGGCCCUCUUGGGAGGGCAGUUGCGGGAGAGCUCUAUUGUACCUACAGGACAUAUGAAUGACAGAAAUUUAAUGCCAUCUCGGUGUGCG